AUGGAUCUGAGCCGGGGGUACUGGCAGAUUCCCCUGACCCAGGAGGCGCGGGAACGCUCUGUCUUUAUCACCCCCUUUGGAUUUCCCACCUGGGAGGAUCACCUACAGCACCUGACGCAGGUGCUGGGGUGGAUCCACCAGGCAGGCUUGACCAUCAAGCCGGAAAAGUGCCAGCUGGGCAUGAGCGAGGUCCACUACCUGGGGCAUCGGGUAGGCGGGGGGACCCUUAAGCCAGAGCCUGGGAAAGUGGAUGCUAUCGCAUCCUGGCCCACCCCCAGGACCAAGAAACAGGUGAUGUCCUUCCUGGGCACCGCCGAGUACUAUAGGAGGUUCGUCCCCCACUAUAGUAUCCUGGCGAAGCCCUUGACGGACCUCACCAAGAAGAAGCUGCCCUCCGCAGUCGAUUGGACGAACGACUGCGAGACAGCCUUCCGAGCGCUGAAGGCCGCCCUCUUGAGCUUCCCUGUACUACAGGCGGCCGACUUCACGCUGCCGUUUAUAGUGCAGACCGACGCCAGUGAUUUUGGCCUCGGUGCCGUACUCAGCUAG